UGUCUUAAAGCUAAGACCACCACCUUUUCCUGCCCCCACUUUCUUUUUUUUUUUCCAUAAAGUAAAAGUAAGAAUAAAAAGACUUAGAUAAUAAACAAAUUAAAAGGAGAGGUUAGACAUAUAUAGAGAAAGAUAGAGAAAGCAAAAAAAUACAAAAGCUUCCUCUACUUAGCCCCACAAAAACAAAUAAUAACAACCCCCUUCACCAAAAAAAUAAAAAACACAAUAAUAAUAAUAAUAAUAAUUCUUUCAAAGAAGAUUAUAUGACUUGGGUUUCUUCAAUUCAAUCACAUUUGAAAUAAAAGCAAAGGUUUUGUGCAUAAAUAAGGAAAGCUAUAUCUAAGCUAAUUAUGCAAGAGCCUAUAUUUUAAAGUAAUUAGUAGAUUAAUUAGGAAGAGAGAAUACAAUUAAGGAGUACUUCCAAACAAAGAAAUUAAAUAUUUUUCAUCUAUUUCUAUGUUUAUAUUAUUAUUGGUUUGUUUUGAGGGAUAUAAGAAGAUUUGAAGAAGUUAGUGAUUUUGUUUUUGGAGAAAGUUAGGUGGGAAGAAUAAAUUAUGAUGGCAGGAAACCCUAGUAAUUGGUGGAGCAUGCAUAGUAACUUAAGGUCAUCUUCUUCAGCAAGUGAUCAUCAACAUGAAGAUAAUUUGCUCAUCUCCCAAACACAACAUCAUCAUCAUCAACCUUCUAAUAAUAGUAACUCUCUUUUACCUCUUCAAUUUCUUCAUGGUGCUGGAACUUCUUCUUCUUCUUCGUCUUCCUCAUUGCUUCCUUUUAUCGCCUCGAAUGAGCCUCAUGCCCAUGACUUUCCUCAUUCUUGGAGCCAACUCCUUUUGGGAGGAUUGUCUAAUGAACAAGAGGAAAGGUUUAGUCAAAGUGAAUUUGAAGCAACAAGGGUGGUUAAUAAUGGAGGAGUACAAAUUGAUGUGAAGGAAGAAGUUAGUAGUCAAAGUAACAACAACAGCAACAACAACAACAACAACAACAACUUGCAGUUGUAUGCAAAUCAAUUUCAUGAAGAGCAAGAACAACUAUCAGUAGGAGUUAGUAAUAGGGCGGCCGCGGCCGUGGCCGCCCAGGCAGCAGCAGGUUGGAGUCAUCAUCAGAUCAUGCCAGCUUCAUUAUCACCUAAAUCCUGUAUUACCAGCUUAAGUAGUAGUAACAACAAUAACAACAACAACAACAACAAUAGUAAUAGUAGUAAUAUGUUGGACUUUUCUACUAAUAAUAAUAAUAAAAGGUCAUUACAACAAGCUGAAAGUCAUCAACAUGCAGAUAAUCAUACUACUAAUUCUGAGUGUAAUAGCACAGCUACUACUACUGGAGGUGUACCACCUAAGAAGCCUAGGGUCCAAUCCUCUUCCACCCCACCUCUCAAGGUGAGGAAAGAGAAGCUAGGAGAUAGAAUAACAGCCCUUCACCAGCUUGUUUCUCCCUUUGGAAAGACUGACACAGCUUCAGUGUUGUUAGAAGCAAUUGGGUAUAUCAGAUUCCUUCAAGGUCAAAUUGAGGCCCUUAGUUCUCCUUACUUGGGUAAUAAUAAUGCCACGACUAAGAACCAACAUACUGUUCAUGGAGAAAGAAAUUGUCUAUUUCCAGAUCAUCCUGGACAACUUUUGAAUGAUUCCUGCCUAAAAAGAAGAGGAGCUGCAAACCAAGAUCAGGACAACAAAGAUGGAUCAAAGGACUUGAAAAGUAGAGGAUUAUGCUUGGUACCCAUAUCUUGCACCCAGCUUGUUGGGAGUGACAAUGGAGCUGAUUAUUGGGCACAAUCACUUGGUGGAGGAUUUUAACCAAUCAUAAAAUAAUGCUUAUUAACUAGUUAUAAUAUUAUAUACUUUAUAUAAUAUAUAAAAACUAUAUAUGCUAUAAAUUAUGUAUAGCAUUUAAUUAGUGGAGUGGUAUAUCAUCAUGAGCACUCACUCUACUUAAAUAUUAAAAGGUUGAUUGCUCUUGAUGUUAUGCAAUAAUAUGCAUUAACAUUUUAAAAAGUGCAUGGGUGUACCAUAUGAUGUAAAAUACGUACUAGUAACAAGACUAGGGUAUGAAAGGUAUUUUACAACCUUCUCUUGCCAUUGCAAUAAACGGUUUAACUAAUGACGGGAGGUCAGUCCGAUUUCCCGUUGCAAAUCAAUUUGCGACGGGAUGGGAUGGGAUUAGGAUCUCCCGUCAUGGACUCGUGACCUUUCUUGUUAUGGUCUUUACGAUUUCAUAAAAUCUAUAUUAUAGAGCUUUUCUAAUCA